AUGACUGCUGCAAGCAAGGAGAAGAGGAAAACAAUAGUAGAUGAACAAUGUCCAGAGCUGUCAAAACAAAGAGGAACUGGAUCUGGGUUACAAAAUAUCUUGCUGGGAAGCAAUGGAACAGUAACUCAGGGUAUGAAUCUAAAAUACAUACCACCGGUGAUUGCGGAUGGAGAGAAAGUAGUGCAAAUAUUACAUGAAUAUGUAGCACAAGACGAUGAAAAAUGGGCUUCAUCAAUAGUAGUAUAUUUGGUGGGAACAACUCCAUCUAUUGGAGCCAUGGAGCGGUUUAUAAUGGGACAAGGAACCUUCACCAACAAACCUAUAAAGUUAUAUCAUAUAGAUGGUUACUUUGUUGUGAGAUUUGCAAAUGCGGAAGAGAGGGAUAUGGUGUUGUGCUCAGGGCCCCAUCACUUAUUGAGAAGGCCUGUCAUAAUGAAACCAUGGGUUCCAGAGUUCAAUUUCAAGGAGGAGAUUCUUACUACCAUUCCACUAUGGGUUAAGAUUCCAAAUCUGCCGCUUAACUGUUGGAAUUCAGUUGUCUUGAGUAAUAUAGGUAGUAGUUUGGGGAAUCCCUUGUAUGCAGAUGAAUGUACAACUCAAACUAGUAGAAUCUCUUUUGCCAGAAUUUUAGUGGAAGUAGAUGUAACUAGACCCCUCGCAAAGGUGAUUAAAAUAAAGUACCCAAAAGGAAGAAUAGUGGAGCAGAAAGUUUGGUAUGAAUGGAAGCCAAUGUUUUGCCAGAAAUGUCUACAAGUGGGGCACUCAUGUGUGGACAAACCAACUGCACCUAUACAGGUUCAGAAGCAAGGGCAGGGACAACGACAGAGGAAAGAAUGGAUACCCACCACAAACAAGGAACAAGGCAUUGGAAAAAUCUAG